AUGGCAGAAUCCAGGCGUGAGGAGGAGGAGGAGAAAGAAGGGGAGCGCACAAGCCAGGCAUCGGGUAUGGUGGUGUAUCAGGCUUUGGUUUAUCUGCAGAGCGCUGCUCUUCAGGUAAGGCUGUCAGCACAUGGUGUCAUCACUUCUACUGAUACAGAUGACCAGGCAGAUCGUGCUGAAAGAACCAAGAACCAAGAACAUUUGCAUUCCAGUCUGGGACCUCUCUCCUCAAUACGAGCUGCUAUCAAACGAACGAGAACAAACUCUCAGAGCAACAACAGAGACGGGAGGCGACCACAGAUAACCUUUAUAGCAGCAGAGCCUCUGACAAGUAACACCUGGUUCACAGGAUCCUCAGUGGUUUCCCCUCCUCCUCAGCCGGGCUCUGUGUCCCAGGUGAUCAAAGAGAAGACUGGGGAGGAACACGCCAUAAAGCCCACUGCAGCCCCCCGCCGGAGCAGCUGCACAGGCACAAGCACCACACAGACUGACCCUGCCGCUGCCGUCACACGGCGUGGUGACACUCCACCGUUGGCUGAGAAAAGACCUGCUGGUACAAAGCCACAAAAGCCACCCAGGCCCUCGCUGCCAAAAACAGCAGACAGAAAAGCACCAGAGAAGGUUGUGACAAAUACCGCAGCACUCACAAACGCUGAGGACCAAAGUGAUCCUGACUCUGAUGGAAAGCAACUUCAACAGCAAGACUCCAAGCAUACGUGUGCCCGAUCUGUAACUGUGCACUGGAACAUUCCCCUAAACCAUCCUUCUGUUGCCCCUGAACCUGGUAACGCCACUCUUUCUCCUUCAAACUCCAAUCGCAGCCAACGUCCCGUUCCACGCCCUCGCACGAAAUCCCUUAAGCAACCAACCGAAGAGGAGGCCAAAGUUCAGACUUUGGUUGAAAUCGGUGAAAGUUUUGAGGAUAUUCAAUCUGAUAACCAGGAGGUCCUCUCAAAUAAGUAUUUAAAGGAGUUGUUGGAGGUUUUCGGUGCAGAUAACGAGCAGGGCGGUGGCAUCACUGAUCAAGCCGACGAAUCCUCGCAAAGUGAAGAUGCUCCUGACGAGAUGAGCGGCAGCAACAAUCAACGUAGCAUCCGGGCCAAGAUCCAGGCUUUUGAGAGCCAGGCUACCAGCGAGGACGGAAAUGGGAAUGAAUCUAGCAAACCGCAGCUUCCUGCCAGGAAGCCAUCCAUUAGACCUCCGGUUGCUGCUAAACCUUCUGUAGCUCUCAAACCUCCGUUUACCCCGAGUAUGGACGAUGACAGUCAAAACAUAUCGGGGGCAAACCUCUUUAAAACCCCUACGACAGCCCCCAGACCUCAGCCUCCCGAGAAACCCGCAGGUCGAUCAAUAAGGGAGGAGCUGGAGGCUUUACACAGCAAGGGUGCCAUGUCACAAAUAUCACGCUCUCCGCUGACCAGAGUCAGCCAAGUGUAUGAGGAAGAACCUUCACUUUUUCCACCUGAACCUUCACUUUUUCCACCUGAACCUUCACUUUUUCCACCUGAACCUUCACUUUUUCCACCUACACCUCCGGUGAAGGAACCACUCAAACCCAAUCUGAAUAUAAACAACCACAACUCAGCCUCUGUGGUCAGAGAGAAUGAGUAUGUGGAGACUCCAAUAAAUCCGAUGCCAUUUAAACCGCCGCGUAACUCUAACGUCAAUGGGGGCUCCUUCACCGUGCCAAGCCUGCCGAAGCGACCAACCACCAUCAGGGUCCCCAGCAAAACCAGUUCAGAUUCCUCCUGGGAUGAUCCUCCUCCUCUUCCAAUUCAGAACCCCGUGGGCUCACUAAACAACUCGAUGAACCACAAAAAAAGCCUGCAGUCCAGCUUGUCCCUCCAGGAGCCUUUCAGUGCUAUGCCAAUGCCAUCACUGCCGCCUCGGAAGCCAAGUAUGAACAAAAGCCUCCCACCUCGCCCACCUCCAGCCAAAAUAGCCCCGGGAAGGCCUCCCCAAAGCUUCAAAGCCACAGGUCGCUCUCAGUCGCUGUCAUGGGACACUUCACCUAAACUCCAGCCAGAGAAGCCCCACAGGAAAGAUCUCGUCUUACCCCCAAGGCCCAACCCAGGCCACCGCCUCUACAACAAAUACACUUUGCAGCUUCCCCAUGGGAUUGCAAGCUUCGACUACAAAGGGAGUAAUUCAAGAGAGCUGUCAUUCCAGAAAAACGAAGUGCUGCUGCUGCUUAGAGAAAUUAAUCACAAUGAAUUUGAGUGCCAAGUUGGACAAACUAGAGGAAAAGUCCACAAGUCCCGCAUGAAGAUUAUAACUCCCCUUUCCUCGGAUGAAUCUUCACCACAGGGUUCUGACCAAACUGGGCUAAAGGUGCAGGUCAUACAUGACUUUGAUCCAGAGGGUCCCGGAGAGCUGAGUCUGAGAGCGGGAGAUAUUGUGACCAUGGUGGAGAAGGUGGACAGCGAGUGGUACAAAGGCACCUGUAGGGGAUCUACUGGUUUCUUUCCCAUCAAUCAUGUCAAAGUCCUGUUGGAUUCCCCAAAACCCCUCCCAGAGAGGAAACCAAAGCCGCCACCAACACCCGCAAAAGUCAGUGGUCCCAGGUGUAUGGCAAGGUUUGACUUUGAAGGGGAGCACAGUGAUGAGCUGUCGUUUUCUGAGGGUGAUGUGAUCCAGCUGAAGGAGUAUGUGGGACAGGACUGGGCACGGGGACAGAUCGGCGGCCACACUGGCAUCUUCCCCCUUAACUUUGUAGACGUCAUCGAAGAUCUGCCUCCACCCCCGAGUCAGAAACCCAGUAAGAAGGUCGCACUGCCCGGGAUGGCUGCCGCUUCUCCCAGCAUCCACCCUGAGGCUGCCAAACCUGCUCAGGCGUCUCACUCUGACGUGGAGUGGGUGGUGGCUCUGUAUGACUAUGCAGGGAGGACAGAGGAAGAGCUGUCCUUUCAACAGGGCGACUGUAUCCUCGUCACCAAGCACAUGGAUGCUGAGUGGAGCUGUGGCAGGCUCAACGGCAGGGAGGGCCUCUUCCCCAGGAAUUAUGCGGAAAGCACCACAGGCCAGCAGCUGUUUAAUAACCAGGAGAAUGGAGCUGCUGGAGGCGGGAGAGCCAGGGCUCUGUACAGCUUCACAUCAACCUGUGAUGAGGAGCUCUCCCUGCGGGUUGGGGAUAUUAUAACCAAUCUCGAGUCCAUAGAUGAUGAAUGGUUUUUAGGGGACCUGAGGGGCAAACGGGCCUUGGUUCCUAAAAACUACGUGCAAGUACUGGAUUAAAGCCACACGGGCUGUUGCUCGGUGCAAAGCACAGCUGGAUGACCUGAAGCUCCAGCGACUUGUUCACAGCAGCAGAAACCUGAACUGACUAAGUUGAAUGCAGUAUUUUAUCUACAAGUAGUGCAACCUUUUAAGUCCACUUGAAAAAUGUUUACUGAAUAAUCAAUAAAAAUAUUAGAUUGUG